UUUGAUAUCAAGUAUUAGAAUCACUUCUUAUACUGCCACUGCAUUAAUUUCAACAAGUACUACUACUACUACAACUACUACUACUAGCUGCAAUUUUUUUCACUAGUAAUUUGCAUUUCACUAAUAUACACAUUGACAAUGUCUGAUACUGAUUUUGCUUUCAAUAAUUAUUGCAUAGCUUGUGAUAAAUUAUGUCCCACCAAUUCUAUCUACUGUUCUGAAUCUUGUAAAGCUAUUGAUGAACAACAAUCAUCAUCUAUAAUAGAUCAAUCCCAUCAUAGUCAUCAUCACCAAGAGCAAAGUCUCGAUUAUAACGAUGAAGUGAAUGACAUGGUUUCUCCAUUAUUGACUCCUUCUUUAUACCAACACUAUAACAAUAACUAUGCAACUGCCAAUAACGUGAAUGAUUCCCCAUUACUUUUAUCAUCUAAGAAUUAUCAACACGAGGAUUCUAGCGAUGUCAAUUACUUUGACUUGAAUUACCUGGUUAGCCAGUAUUCAAAUGCUACCUCUUCUACUAAUAUCGCUGACCAUUUACCUUCUACUUCUCAUAACUACAGAAAAUGGUUGACCGCGUGUUUAUGAGGGUUCAAGAAAGUCUGUUGAAGAACAUAACUAGAAUUCUUUACUCUUUAUUAUUUUAUUCUUACGAAACAUAGUCAUGAAGUAAUAGUCAUUUUUUAUCUUUUUAUCAUUAUGGGUUUUAUAUUUUUGGGUUUAUUAUUAUUUUUUUUUAUUACUACUACUACUACUUUUAUAUAAUCGGUUUAAUAGAAGGUCUUUGUUUGCCUAAUAAAAUACAAAAAAAAA